AUGGAAGCAUGCCGAGAGAGCGGGCUGCAAGCUCAGACUGUCUUAGUCAAUGACACAGUCUCGGGGUUUAUCGGGACAGACGUGGUCCUGCACUGCAGCUUCACCAAUCCGCUCCCCAAUGUGAAGAUCACGCAGGUCACGUGGCAGAAAGCCACCAACGGCUCCAAGCAGAAUGUGGCCAUCUACAACCCUGCCAUGGGGGUCUCCAUCCUCUCUCCGUACAAAGAUCGUGUGACUUUCCGGAAUCCUUCCUUCAAAGAUGGCACCAUUCAGCUCUCUCGGCUAGAGCUGGAGGAUGAGGGAGUUUACAUCUGUGAGUUUGCCACCUUCCCAACUGGCAACCGGGAAAGUCAACUGAACCUCACUGUGCUGGCCAAGCCCACAAAUCGGAUGGAGGGCACAAAGCGGCCGCUUAUUGCAAAGUCUGGCAGGACAGAAAAGAUCUUAGUAGCCACCUGCACCUCCUCUAAUGGGAAGCCCCCCAGCACUGUCACCUGGGACACAAAGCUCAAAGGGGAAGCAGAGUUUCAGGAGAUCCGGAAUAGCAAUGGCACCAUCAAUUACCAGCUGGACCGCUUCACCGACAGCAUGACUCUCAACGUGCAGUAUGAGCCGGAAGUCACAAUUGAGGGCUUUGAUGGCAACUGGUUUCUCAACCGGAAGGAUGUGAAGCUGAUAUGCAAAUCUGAUGCCAACCCCCCAGCCCACACCUAUGAAUGGAAGCUGCCGAACGGGACUCUGCCAGGGAGCGUGGAAAUCCAGAACAACACCAUCUACUUUAAAGGGCCUGUCUCCUACAGCGUGGCUGGCACCUACAUCUGUGAGGCCUCCAACGCCAUUGGUACACGGUCGGGCUUGGUGGAAGUCAAUGUCACAGUUUUUCCCUUCCCUGGCGCGUUUCCGCAUGGUUUGACACUGUUCCCCCUUCCAUCUGUCUUUUCCGUGAUUGGGGGCAUAGUGGGAGGCGUCUCGCUGGUCCUGGUGGUGGCCGUGGUGCUCUUUGUGGUACUCCGGCGCCGGCGUCACACCUUCAAGGGUGACUACAGCACAAAGAAGCACGUGUACGGCAAUGGCUACAGUAAGGCCGGCAUCCCACAGCAUCAUCCGCCCAUGGCCCAAAACCUCCAGUACCCCGACGACUCGGACGACGAGAAGAAGCCAGGCCCGCUGGGCAGCAGCACCUACGAAGAUGAGGAUGAGGAUGCAGGAGGCGAGCGCAAGCUGGGUGGCCCCAACAAAUACGAGGAGGAUGCUAAGCGGCCUUACUUCACGGUAGAUGAGGGGGAGGCGCAUCCCGAGCCUUAUGACGAAAGGACACUCGGCUUCCAGUAUGACCCCGAGCAGCUCGACAUAGCGGAGAACAUGGUCUCACAGAAUGACGGAUCUUUUAUUUCCAAAAAGGAGUGGUACGUGUAGCUCGGCACCCCAUUGCUACACACACACACACACACACACACACACACAC